UUCGGAGCCGACAACCCCUGGUCAUACUCGACCCUUCUCCACAACGAUAUUCUUAGUAGAAUUGACCCGAGUUCUAUUGCUUCAUGCACAUCCAGAUGAUUUCCAUCUCGGCUCCCCUGCUCUGUUCGACGCUGACAGCCAGUUCUACUCUGGCCAUUACGACGUCCCUCUUGGCGAGAUUUUAGAACGACACCAACGAGUCCAACUCGACGACACCACUUCUCUCAAUGGCGUUCUUCAGUUCAGACGGGAUUUAGAGAAUGUAAGAGAUGUCCAUUCCACCAUACUCCGCAAGGAAAUGGACGUAGAACGGAGUUCCACGGCACGACUACCGGGUUACGACGACAGAGCGUCGGGGUCCACCGAGUCGGAGUUGACGGAGAAGAUUCAAAGGAGAUGGAGACGAAGGGAACGGAAAUGGGAGGUGGAUCUCUUUUACGGGAGAGGUGCACCAGAUCGAGAAGAACAAGGAAUCUUGACUCAGUCUUCUGAUGGACCUGGGCGAAAUGACAAUGCGCCUGUAUACUACGGACCCGGCUCCAACAACAUGGAACGCUGGAACGAAGGAGGAUUCAUUCAGAUUUCGGACUAA